GCCAGGAACGCGCCGCCGGGGCUGGCGCCGCGCCCACCGGCCGCCUCGGCCGCCUCUCGUCGCGCUUUGUCUCCGCGCGCGUCCCUCCCGGUCCCUGCCCCUGCUCGCGGCCCGCCCUCGGCGCCCGCGGCCCCUCCCUCACCCUCCGCGCUCAGCCUUUCUCUGCUGCGAGUAGUGACUAAACAUUACAAGAAGGCCGGCCGCGCAGUUCCAGGAAUCGGGGGGCGGGGCGCGGCGGCCGCCUAUAUACCCGCGAGCGCGGCCUCCGCGGCGGCUCCGACUUGGACUCCCUGCUCCGCUGCCGCCGCUUCGGCCCCGCACGCAGCCAGCCGCCCGCCGCCCGCCCGGUCCAGCUCCCGCCGCGGCCCCUUGCCGCGGUCCCUCUCCUGGUCCCCUCCCGGUUGGUCCGGGGGUGCGCAGGGGGCAGGGCGGGCGCCCAGGGGAAGCUCGAGGGACGCGCGCGCGAAGGCUCCUUUGUGGACUUCACGGCCGCCAACAUCUGGGCGCAGCGCGGGCCACCGCUGGCCGUCUCGCCGCCGCGUCGCCUUGGGGACCCGAGGGGGCUCAGCCCCAAGGACGGAGACUUCGAUUCGGGACCAGCCCCCCGGGAUGCGGUAGCGGCCGCUGUGCGGAGGCCGCGAAGCAGCUGCAGCCGCCGCCGCGCAGAUCCACGCUGGCUCCGUGCGCCAUGGUCACCCACAGCAAGUUUCCCGCCGCCGGGAUGAGCCGCCCCCUGGACACCAGCCUGCGCCUCAAGACCUUCAGCUCCAAGAGCGAGUACCAGCUGGUGGUGAACGCAGUGCGCAAGCUGCAGGAGAGCGGCUUCUACUGGAGCGCAGUGACCGGCGGCGAGGCGAACCUGCUGCUCAGUGCCGAGCCCGCCGGCACCUUUCUGAUCCGCGACAGCUCGGACCAGCGCCACUUCUUCACGCUCAGCGUCAAGACCCAGUCUGGGACCAAGAACCUGCGCAUCCAGUGUGAGGGGGGCAGCUUCUCUCUGCAGAGCGAUCCCCGGAGCACGCAGCCCGUGCCCCGCUUCGACUGCGUGCUCAAGCUGGUGCACCACUACAUGCCGCCCCCUGGAGCCCCCUCCUUCCCCUCGCCACCUACUGAACCCUCCUCCGAGGUGCCCGAGCAGCCGUCUGCCCAGCCACUCCCUGGGAGUCCCCCCAGAAGAGCCUAUUACAUCUACUCCGGGGGCGAGAAGAUCCCCCUGGUGUUGAGCCGGCCCCUCUCCUCCAACGUGGCCACUCUUCAGCAUCUCUGUCGGAAGACCGUCAACGGCCACCUGGACUCCUAUGAGAAAGUCACCCAGCUGCCGGGGCCCAUUCGGGAGUUCCUGGACCAGUACGAUGCCCCGCUUUAAGGGGUAAAGGGCGCAAAGGGCAUGGGUCGGGAGAGGGGACGCAGGCCCCUCUCCUCCGUGGCACAUGGCACAAGCACAAGAAGCCAACCAGGAGAGAGUCCUGUAGCUCUGGGGGGAAAGAGGGCGGACAGGCCCCUCCCUCUGCCCUCUCCCUGCAGAAUGUGGCAGGCGGACCUGGAAUGUGUUGGAGGGAAGGGGGAGUACCACCUGAGUCUCCAGCUUCUCCGGAGGAGCCAGCUGUCCUGGUGGGACGAUAGCAACCACAAGUGGAUUCUCCUUCAAUUCCUCAGCUUCCCCUCUGCCUCCAAACAGGGCACACUUUGGGAAUGCUGAGCUAAUGAGAACUGCCAGGGAAUCUUCAAACUUUCCAACGGAACUUGUUUGCUGUUUGAUUUGGUUUAAACCUGAGCUGGUUGUGGAGCCUGGGAAAGGUGGAAGAGAGAGAAGUCCUGAGGGCCCCAGGGCUGCGGGCUGGCUAAGGAAAUGGUCACACCCCCCGCCCACCCCAGGCGAGGAUCCUGGUGACAUGCUCCUCUCCCUGGCUCCGGGGAGAAGGGCUUGGGGUGACCUGGAGGGAACCAUCCUGGUGCCCCACAUCCUCUCCUCCGGGACAGUCACCGAAAACACAGGUUCCAAAGUCUACCUGGUGCCUGAGAGCCCAGGGCCCUUCUUCCGUUUUAAGGGGGAAGCAACAUUUGGAGGGGAUGGAUGGGCUGGUCAGCUGGUCUCCUUUUCCUACUCAUACUAUACCUUCGUGUACCUGGGUGGAUGGAGCUGGAGGAUGGAGGAGACGGAACAUCUUUCACCUCAGGCUCCUGGUAGAGAAGACAGGGGAUUCUACUCUGUGCCUCCUGACUAUGUCUGGCUAAGAGAUUCGCCUUAAAUGCUCCCUGUCCCAUGGAGAGGGACCCAGCAUAGGAAAGCCACAUACUCAGCCUGGAUGGGUGGAGAGGCUGAGGGACUCACUGGAGGGCACCAAGCCAGCCCACAGCCAGGGAAGUGGGGAGGGGGGGGGGCGGAAACCCAUGCCUCCCAGCUGAGCACUGGGAAUGUCAGCCCAGUAAGUAUUGGCCAGUCAGGCGCCUCGUGGUCAGAGCAGAGCCACCAGGUCCCACUGCCCCGAGCCCUGCACAGCCCUCCCUCCUGCCUGGGUGGGGGAGGCUGGAGGUCAUUGGAGAGGCUGGACUGCUGCCACCCCGGGUGCUCCCGCUCUGCCAUAGCACUGAUCAGUGACAAUUUACAGGAAUGUAGCAGCGAUGGAAUUACCUGGAACAGAUUUUUGUUUUUGUUUUUGUUUUUGUUUUUGUGGGGGGGGGGGCAACUAAACAAACACAAAGUAUUCUGUGUCAGGUAUUGGGCUGGACAGGGCAGUUGUGUGUUGGGGUGGUUUUUUUCUCCAUUUUUUUGUUCGUUUCUUGUUUUUUAAUAAUGUUUACAAUCUGCCUCAAUCACUCUGUCUUUUAUAAAGAUUCCACCUCCAGUCCUCUCUCGUCCCCCCUACUCAGGCCCUUGAGGCUAUUAGGAGAUGCUUGAAGAACUCAACAAAAUCCCAAUCCAAGUCAAACUUUGCACAUAUUUAUAUUUAUAUUCAGAAAAGAAACAUUUCAGUAAUUUAUAAUAAAGAGCACUAUUUUUUAAUGAAAAA